ACAUGCUGCGGUGAAUAUUUUGUACACAUCUUGUAAAAACACUUGGACACACUUCAGUGAAGUGCUAAGUUAUUAAAUUAUAAGUGAAUCAAUAAGCCCGUAAAACGUGUAUGGAUUUAGUAUACGUAAUAGAAUAGAAUACUAUUAAUAUCGAGUGACUACCUAUCUAGAUAAGAAAACUCGGACAAAAUCGUUGGUAUUUUAUUAAAGAUAAUACACAAACAGUGACAUCGUAUGUGGGAUUCCGUUGUCAAAGAAAGUGCCAGUGGUUAGAAGAUGUUACUGGACGGCAAUUCUCCAGACAUGCUAGCUCAACAAUCCAAAGUGCUCUACGAACUUAACAAGUACUAUAACGAGCGUGUCGGCACGCGACAGAGCGGCGUCGUGAAGACCAUCCGGGAGGUGUACAAGGUGCUGCAGGACGUCUUGAAGGAGGUGGAGGUGCAGGAGCCUCGCUUCAUCAGCAGCCUCACCGAGGUCAACGGGCGCUACGAGGGGCUCGAUGUCGUCUCGCCGACCGAAUUCGAAGUCGUCUUGUACCUGAACCAGAUGGGCGUGUUCAAUUUCGUCGACGACGGGUCUAUACCGGGCUGUGCAGUGUUAAAAUUAAGUGACGGUAGGAAACGCUCGAUGUCGUUAUGGGUGGAAUUCAUAACGGCGUCCGGGUAUUUAUCCGCGCGAAAGAUACGUUCACGUUUUCAAACCUUAGUUGCACAAGCUGUUGACAAGUGUAGUUACCGUGAUGUUGUUAAAAUGGUUGCGGACACGACUGAAGUGAAACUUCGAAUAAAAGAGCGUUUCGUGGUCCAGAUCACGCCGUCGUUCCGGUGCGCUGGCAUCUGGUGCAGGAGCGCCGCGCACUGGCCGGUGCCUCACAUUCCCUGGCCAAACCCGAACAUUGUUGCGGAAGUCAAAUCUGAGGGCUUUGACCUCCUUUCCAAAGAAAGCAUUUACAUGAAGGAUAAACAAAGCGCGGCGGAAGGUGACGCGUGGACCAUGUCUUUCAAAUACGCAGAAGACAGACUUCUGUACGGCGGUUGCCGACGGAAAUGUUUGAGCAUUCUGAAAGCGCUUCGAGACCGCCACUUUGACGUCCCCGGUCAACCUAUCAUGUCCUAUCAUCUAAAGACUCUCUUGCUCCAUGAAUGCGAGAAGCACCCGAGAGAGAUGGAAUGGGACGACACUUGCCUCGGGGACCGGAUCAACGGGAUCCUGCUGCAGCUUAUUUCAUGUUUGCAGAAUCGGCGCUGCCCGCACUACUUCCUCCCCAACGUGGACCUGUUCAAGGGCAAGUCAUCCACAGCCAUGGACAAUGCGGCCAAACAGUGCUGGCGCAUCCUUAGAGAACUUUUAACAAAUCCAAAAAGUCUCGAAAAGCUGUGACGUACCUGACUUGUGCGCGUAUUUGUUUUGUACAUAGAAAGAUUUAGUUUUUUAUUAUUAGAUCAUUUCGAGAAUAAUGUGUUUUAAAAUAAGUGCUACAGGAGUUCUUUUAAAUUAUUAUAUUGAAGAUAAGUAACAUAAUUGCUAAUAGUUUUUAUCCUACAUGUACGUCUAAUUAGUGGGGAAAGAACUUAUUGUUAUAUUAAAUGAAAAAACUACCGCAGGGAUAUAGUGUUCCUUACAUUGCGUCGCGAUGGUUGUAAGUAUCUUAUCACCGUGUUUACCUGACCGCAUGCUGAAACACUUCAUUUAAAGACCCUAAACGAAUAUUCAUAUUUAACAUGUGUGGUUAUAUAACGUUUGAGUUAUUCAAUUACACUUCGAACAAAUAAAAUUGGCGUGUACCGCAUGAUCACCAUCAAAAUGUCGCGAAUAACUUUUGUGCAAUCAUUCUAAUUAUUUGGUUAACCUUCAUUGAAUCUUGUGGUUCCGGAAAACAUCUUAUGUACCAAAGUAUGAAUACUUAUAAUAUUCUCAUUUUUAAGUUAUUCAAACAUUUACUAUGGAGGAUAUUAUGCAAAUAUUAUUCCACAUUAAAUACCCCUCGUUUACAAAUAGUAUUUCAACUGAUUACGUUGUAAUCAAAACAAGUCUAGUCAAACACUGUUAUAUUUCUAUUAUUCUGUUGGUAAUAAUUGCUUACCGCAGAGCACACAAAAAACUCCCGAACACCAGAAAACGUGGAAACUUUAUAGGCGUGGGGGCAUAUUCCAAGUAUGUUUUAGAUGAAAUAUGGAUAGAUAAAUUGUCAGCUUAUCAGCUAUGAAAUUUCCCGCAACUAGAUAAUGCUAUGAGUUAUGAAUCCAGUGACGCCGCUAAAAUGCUUAUAAUUUACUCUUAAUUACAUUCGCAUUAUUUACAUGUAACAGGUCCAAAUAGCGGAAAAUGCGGAAAUAUUAAUUUCGGUUUCCGCGCCAGACCUCUAGACCCAAAUAUAUGGAAGGCAAAACCUGCAUAGGUGUCGUCUUUUAUAAUAAUGUAUAGGCCCUAAAACAUAUGGGUCAUCAUAUAUAAAAAGCUUAACUUUAACAGUCCCUUUCUUAAGAAGGCUUUAUAUUCAAUUAUUAAAAGUAAAACAAUAAAAUAAUAAAAUUAAUGGGAUCAUAAACUAGCGGUUUUAUAUAGUUUGCGAUCAAACUGUACCAUUAUAAUGAUCUAUGUUGCCAGUAAAAAGAAAAUAUUAACAGCUAUCCGGUGUAUUGGAAUUCAAAUUGCGAAUGACUGCAGAUUUACGGUGCCAAAUUGCAUAAAACCAUAAUUAGGCUUGACUUUAAUACGUUUAUAAUAAACUUCCAAUUUCAUUAGCACGUUAAAUCAAAUCUGGAUUAAUGUACAACUUUAUUGUAUUUAAACGAAUAGCGUCGUUGUUUAAAACGAAUAGACAGCUUGCAUUAUUUUUAAUUAGUGUAUGCUUUGAUACCAUACAUUUUAUAGUGGUCAGUAAAGCGUUGUCUAUUCCUAGUUAGAUUAAACAUAUUGCCCAUCAAUACAGUAGUAUAUAUAAUAUAACAAUUUAACGACAGAUAGGUUAAAUGGCCACGGACUCAAGACGGAAGCUUAAAGCUUAUAAAUUCUCCCUCUGUCAUUUUUUUACUUGAAGAUUAAUCUUAACAACCAUAUUUAUACCGACAUCUCUGCGCUGUAAAAUGUCAAAUGGUGGAGUGUUAUUAAAAUAUUUUCUUUUCUUAUACAUAAUAUUUUUUUGGUUUGACACUAAAAAUUGAAGAUGCUGAAAUAUUUUUGUUAUAUUUUUAAGUAUUUUAUGUAAAAACUAAACCAUUAGCUAUAGCGAACUAACUUUAUUUUAAAUAAGCUCAUUAGAAUAUGCGACUUUUCUAGCGCCUACGCAGACUUUUCAAAUGUUGGCGUUUUGUUGUCCUUUUAUGUGUUUAUAUUGUUUAACAAUUUCGUUUUUAUGUUUGUUGUAUGCGUACAAUUUAUUGUAUUUAUUUGACGGAUAAAAAUAAAUUUAUU